AUGGCCAUACCAAACAUGCAACAACCAUUCUACCCACCACAAGGAUUCCAGCACCCGUAUCAGCAACAAGCCCAAGCACAAGCCCAAGCCCAAGCCCAAGCAUACGCACAAGCACAAGCGCAGCAACAGCAAUCUUCCCCACCUCCAUUCGCAACCCCACCACCAUCCAAAGACUCCAAAUACCCCCGCUUCGUCAACCCCUUCCAAGACGAGAAGCCGCAAGGGUCUUACGGCAAGAAGACGGUUGCAAGAGAUGAGGAGGAGUUGGUGAGGUAG